CCAUCAGGCAUGCUCUGUCAUUUCUGGUCAGGUACAACUGUGCUUGACGCUCGUGGCUGAGCCACGCCUCCUUUUGGCUUCGUGCCGUCCCACAUUGCUGCAAGGCUGUGUUUUGUUGCAACCCUCCUUGAGUAAAUCUUUUCCUUUUUGGCCUAGUUCUAAUAUUAGAAUAUUGAUAAGUACCCGGUGUCUUUGACCCCACCAGCUCCUUGGAGAACUUAAAAGGUCAGGGGCUGGCCUGAACUUUGAUGUUACCUAGGCUAAUCAAUCAGCGUAUCUUGUUGUCUUCUUCCUGCUUUCUUGUUGGAGACAGCGACGACUUGCACAACCCAAAGAGACUGCCACCAUGGGUUGGGUUUCGAAGGCAGAUGCAAUUGGAAAAAUCAAGUGGUCGCUAUAUCAUGGUGCUCCAUUACCAGAGCAAUUGCCCGAUGGUGAUUGGGGCAUCAAUAUGCAAGGAGAUUAUUACUUGAAUCAUUUCGACGAGUGUGAGUCUUAUUACUAUUUCAACGCAGACGGGUCUUGGUAUCACUGCGACGGUACGCCUGGCAACCCCGAUGCUCUAGGCGCUGCGAAAUAUGUAACUCCGCGCGGUGACACAAUCCAACGACCGUCCACUACCGACGCAUCUCGACCGAAUAGUGGCUACUUUGUCGGUGUUGACUGGAAGACUGGAUACGAAAGGAUAUACUGGGACGACGGGAUGGGGAAUUUCGCCAGGACAUUCCGAAAAGAUAUUCAAGAUGUGGAAAAGCUUGACAAGUUCAAGGUCCGGACGGCCCGAGGGUCAGAUGGAAAGGAACUCGUUUUCGAUGUGGCAGACGAUGGGACCUAUGAAGGUCCUGACCCAAAAAUCAUCUUGGCCAUGAAAUUCGAGAAGUCAAGGGAGGAGAGGAGGACGAGCCACUUGAGUCAUUUGAGUCCACGGAAGAUUCCAUUACCAGCAAGCCCACCGGUGUCUCCGGAGAAGCGUAUCACCGGCAUGGUGGGAAAGAAGCUGUUCCCGGUUUCAGUUAAAGUCGAGCCUGUCGAUGAUGAUCCUUUCAUGGUCCGAUGAUGUUUGGUUUUUUGUUUGGAGGUGAGUGUUAACUCAGAGAUUUCAGGGGCUACGCUUUGAAGCAUUUCGAGUGAGUGAUACCCAGCUUGGCCUACAAGCGACCGACCAAAUUUUGAUAAGUCUACUUGUUACCGCAAGGCGUUAUUGAGCAGGGAAAUUUGAAGCGGAUCAGUCUGACUGCCGAGAUUCGACUCUGCGCGACUGAUCUGAUUAAACUGAGUCAUGUAAGUGCUGUGCAUAUGGGUGAUUGACAGUACAUACAUGUCACAAAUCAAAUACUUCUACCAAGAUCCC